AAAAUUAUCGCUCGAGCUACUACCGGCUUCAGAGCUCACAGAAUGAGAUAUUCUAGGCCUAUGUUUUUUAAAAUUAUAGUUUCGUCUGGAAGAAAAUGAACUUUGAAGAUAAAUCAUAUGCAGCAAUCUGCAGCGAAAAGACUUUACAAACGAAUGAAAAUGGUUUUUUCAUGAGCUUCGUCCGUUUAGUAUUGAAAAGCGCGGGUGAACAGUGGGUGAAUAACGUUUUCGGGAAAAUUAACAGUGAUGAAAAGAGGGUUAGGGCGAUAUUCGAAAGUCCACAGACGAAACAUCCGGUAGAAUCCGUUUUAUCCAACGUACAAGAAGUUUAUAGGAAGAAAGAUGCUGAAGUAGCAAAAUGCAAAAAAUUGGAGGGCGACAUCUUAUACUUGGAAAAAGACUUUCAAAAGGCUCUAAUAUGCUACAGUCAGAGCAUACUUCGGGCACCGAAGACAGAAUACGAUCAAAACAAAACUUUACUGCUCGCGUUAUGGGCAAGAGCAAAUACAUUAAUGAAAUUGGAAAAGUACAGUUUAGCUUUGUCGGAUCUGCGAAUGGUCCUCAAAGAGCAAGUUACAGAUGAUCUCAAGGGCUCAGCUUACUGUAAAAUGGCUGUGUGCUAUAGAGCACUAGGAGAAGAGAACAAAGCCAAGAUUUCAUUUGCAGUUGCUGAAAAGCUAAUUAAAGAUGAGAAGGAAAUCAGAGAGUUGGAAAGAGAAGGGAAAGCAGAAUUUCAUUGUAUAAAGAAAGAGUCAAGAAUACCCGAAGAAAAACAGUUUAUUUCUAAGAAGGUAAGGGUAGAAGAAAGACCAACAAUGGGCAGAUAUACUGUAGCAGAUGAUUAUAUAAAGACAGGAGAACCAAUAGUAACUGAGCAACCAUAUGCAGCAUGUUUACUUCCAGAGAUGUUUGGAACGCAUUGCCACCAUUGCUUUCAUAGAUUGGAAGCUGCAUAUGGCUGUGCAGACUGCUCGAAUGUUGCCUUCUGUUCACCUGGAUGCAGAGAUACUGCUGUCAAAACAUACCACAAGUUCGAGUGCAAAUACUUGGAUCUCCUUAUAGGUUCUGGAAUGAGCAUUUUAACCCAUACCGCGCUCAGGAUGGUGACUCAAAACUCGCUGGCGGAAUGUUUGGGAAUAUACCAAAAUAGGUCCAAAGAGAAAGUUUAUUCACUAUGUACCAAUGCUGAAAAGAGAUCUGGAGAGGAUUUUUUGCAAAGAACGUUGAUGGCUGCUUUUCUUUUAAAAUGUUUGGAGAGAAGUGGAUAUUUUGGAGAAAAUCGGAAAGAUAAGGAUGGAGACUUGACGGAAGAAGAGCUGCGCGUGUGUGAGUUACUUCUAUUCCAUUUGCAAAUUCUCCAGUUUAACGCACAUGAAAUAUUUGAAACUAGAAGGAGUAAAGAGCACCAAUUCAAAGGAUCAAAAUUUAUUUAUAUUGGAGUUGGAAUCUAUCCUACUGCUUCGUUGCUUAACCACGACUGUCAACCUGCAGUUACAAGGCAUUUCGUCGGCAAAAGUAUAGUGCUGAAAACAUCAAGACCUCUAGCGCCAAAUGAAAUGGUAGCUGAAAAUUACGGCCCGAUAUUCUCUAGAAAGCCUAUACAACAGAGGCAACGGUCAUUGCUAUCCAGAUAUUGGUUUAAAUGUGAAUGUUUGGCUUGUACCUAUAAUUGGCCAAUGAUCAAUGCAGGACUGGAAAGCUUUACCAAAUGUGUCAGGUGCCCCAGUGAUCACUGUACCUAUUAUUUUACGUUACCUUUAUCCAAACCAGAGGCAACUUGUCCUAAAUGCGAAAAGAAUGUGAGUUUAACAGAAAGCUUGGAAAAGUUGAAAUGGUGCGAGAAACAGUAUGAAUUUGGUUUCAAAACAAUGGAGGACAAAAGAGUAGAAGCUAUAGAAAUAAUUAGAAAAGCUAUUGAUGUUUUUUACAGGAUUUCCCGACCUCCUCAUCAAGGAACAAGUUUAGCACAUGAGUAUCUACAGCUCUGUGAAGCAUCAUUUGGGAACGUAUGGGUUGUAUCAAGCACAGAACAAAAACCAACUUUCCAAAGCAGACAUCAGUAAAAGCAUCGACAAAUACAUUUAGUAUAAUUGUAAAUCAUAUCAGAAUGAAUGAUGUAGUAACUUGAGUGGCACCUUCUUUAUUAGGUUCUUCAACCGGACUACGUUCAUCAAUCCUAGUUUUGUGAAUAUUUUCUGUAAGACAGUCUUACCAAGGGGCAAAAAUUCGUUCACAGACGAAUAUUGUACGAGUAAUCAUUAUUGCUUAUUUUUUCACGCUCCAUACAAAAAAGAAUCUCAUGUACUAACAAUUGAAUUGAAUUACAUAAAACGUUCAUGGUAUACAUGAAAUUGAAAUCGACAAAAAUAUGUAUACGAAUCGUAAUAAUGUGCAACUCCAUUAUCGAGUAUUGAUUGUCAGUUAUAAAAUUGGCGAUUUCCUGGGGUGUAAAAAUGCUUGAUGUCACAAGCUUAGACUUUGUGAGCAUCGUUUAACUAGCGGCUGCUGUAGUUGACGAGAAUUGUUUUAAUGUUAUCAGAAAGUCAUAUUCAGGUGAGGUUUCAUGAAAACAGAGAGGUAGUGAUAAAGUGAAAUGAUACAAAAAAAAAAUUCAGAGAACUUGCCAGAAUUUUGUUAGGGGAAAAGCAGCAGGCAUUAAAACUGGUGUUUUUUCAUCAAAAAUGCUGGUUUUAAUGGGGAAAUGCCUUUAGGGAAAGGAUACGUGGGUACAAAGUUCCUCAUAACUUCGCAGCUACUUUAAAUUACUUCAAAUUUGAAAUGAUCUUAUUUAUCUAUCACCCAAAUUACUUAAGCCACAACUGCGUUAAAUAACAGCUGGUUUAUCACAACUUUGUAAUAACUACUCACGAUCACGAUGAAAAUUCAGCCCCUAUUCAUCGAUUCAUCCUCACUGCUCUUCAUCAGUGUAUAAUGGAUGAACAGAGGGUUUUCCCUUGGCACUCUCUGAUGGAUAUACUAUACGCAGUCUGCUUUAUCCACAGGAACAAUCUAAGACCGAUCGGAAAUUGCUAUUUCAAGUUAUGAGUCGAGUCGCUUCAAGAUAUCUAUUAUCUCUAUAUAAAACAACAAAGGACGGCGAAAUACGUUAUCAAGGCAACCGGCGAUAUAUACAGGGUGGCCAAUGUAUAGCUGACUGAUUUAAACUGCGAGCCAUUUUUGAUACACGCAUUUCAGUAGUAUUUCACAUGCGUCCAAUUCAUUAUGGAGCGCUACACGAUCCCACAGAGCGUCCGUAUUGUUAAAACGUUUUACUCAAAUAAUGAGUCGAUUCGGAAGCUGCGACAAGACUUGUAUUUGCGGCCAUACAAAAUUCAGUUAGUCCAAGAACUACAGCCUACAAUACAGUCAUGCAAUAUUGCAGCUUAAUACCCAAAAUAACGAUUUUUACAGACAAAUGAUAAUAAUAUACUAAGUGACAUAUAAAUCCGAACACCCAGUUUAAAUGGUUUUAUUUUAA